AAGCGAGUUAUCAUUGUAAACAAAUAACUUGACCCCUUUUGGUUUUCGUUCGUUCAAAUCUAAAUUAUAAUUUUCUAGAAGUCUUAAAAAGUGUUGCAAUUACAAGUGGCUUGUAAUUACGCCAAAACAACCAUUUCGUUGGCGAAACGCGUAAUUUUUUCGUAAACAACUUUAUCAGUGGCUUUGUUACAUGAAAAAAUCCAAUUUUUCCGACGAAAAGGUACACAACACACUUGAACCUAUUUACUUAAAAGGCGGAAACUAGUUCUUAGUCAAUCGUGCCACUAUAUAAGUUAACACUGACAAUAUUUCGUUCGUCAGUUGGUGCCAAGAUGAAGUUCGUAGCGCUCUUUUUUGUGACUUGUGUCUUCCAAGUCGUUGUCGGUAAAGAUUUACUGAAAAAGGACCCCUCGGGCGACGUUGUGAUUCAUGCCACCAACAAGACGUCUGUUCCUUCAAUCCACUACGUUAUCGAUGCCGUUGACUGUCUAAAACAAGCCUACACAGUUUAUUCCGAUUCUUCGGACAGAACCCAAGUCUAUGCCGAACUCUUUCAAGAAAAACAUAACGAAACUGGGUGGAACGUCGUCGCUGGGUACACAGCCGCCUACAUUAAAUCCAAAUGGUACAUCGAAGCGACGGUCACAAAUGGGAAGUAUCAAGAUAGCAAGAAGGACAGCGACUUUAAGAGCACUUUAUAUUUAAUUUUUUCGACCGAGUGAUUGCAAAAUCUCUAACUAAACACUGAUGAGUGUGUAGAUUAACACAUAAAACAAAUCCAUGAGUAAAUAAAAUUACCCCAAAUCUGUAAUAUAACAAUGUAGACACGCAAUUAAACAAUAAAGAGUUAGAAUAGCAUAAAACUGUGUCGUUAGUUUGUUGGUGCAUUGAAAUGAUGGAGUUUCCUUUCGUGAUUAAAAAAAUCCACAAAAAAUGCUACACCAACGGUAAGCACACCAUUCAGCGGUUCAUGACUAAAAGUGGCCACUUGAACUUGCAACUAAGCCAAGUCCCGUACUACAAGUACUUUCGGUUUACUAAGGACUUCGCUAACACGUUGGUGUCGCUGCGGUGGCGAUGGGUCACGUUCAUGGUAGUAGCAGCCAACUUCUUCUUCUAUGUUGCUUUCGCGGGGUUGUGGAUGCUCGACGCUUGGCUAAGCGGCGACUUCAACCCCGCCAAAACCCACAAUUUUUGUGUGGAACACGCUAGAUGUUUCAGCGGAUAUUUACUCUUGAGUGUCGAAACCAUCACGACAACGGGUUAUGGGUACUUGUACCCAACCGAAAACUGUCAAUUCGCGUGGUUUACUCUCAUGUUGAGCACCAUAGUGAUGAUUUUGAUUGACGGCACGUUCAUUUCGAUUGUUUUUUUGAAAAUUUGUAAACCGCUGCGAAAAGACGGUUUGACUUUGUUUAGCAAGAAGUGUGUGAUUUGUUUAAGAAACGGCAAGCUAUGUUUAGUGUUUCGUGUCAACGACCAUCUGAACAAGCACGCGAUUGAGUCAAAAGUGACGAUUUAUUUUGUUGGUCGGAGUAAUGUGAAACAGGAGGAUUUUCAUGCGAGUUUGCAAGAAAUGGAAGUGACUUCGGGUGGGAUGUUUUUGUGGCCGACGGACGUGGUACACCAAAUAGACGAAGACAGUCCGUUUUGGAAAUUGUCAGCUAGUGAUAUAAUGAGCGGAAAGUUUGAAAUACUCGUAACGUUGUCUGGCACGUCGUUCGUGACUGAUCAGUUUUCGACUAGUCAGACGUCGUAUUUGAACGAAGAAAUUCUAUGGGGGUUUAGGUUUAAGUCGUGUAUGGAAUAUGACGAGAAGGUACAGCGUUACGUAGUAAAUGAGCAAGACAUUUUUAAACUCAUGCCUUGUGAUACCCCGUUGUGUAGCGCCAGCACGCUAAAGAAAAUUCAGACUGAGUUAAACCAACUCACCGACGAUCCAGGCGAAAGAAAUUGAAACAAACACCAUUUUAAAUCGUCUUUAUUUACAACAUAAUACUAAAUGACUUACUUUACCUCCUAGUAAAAUAAAUACUUUAUACAGCGUAA